AUGGAGUUAAUACUCGACGGAGAGGCUGCUCGGGCCCAGGACAUAUCCGACAUUCUUAGUUUGAUUCGAGUCAACGAUCAAGUCAACAUCCAGGAUCUUACCUUGUCAAUUACGAGAUUGAACAACCUCAGCUGGGCGCUUCGUGAACUCGCGGGCCAAAUCGACGCCGCCAAAGGCAGGGUCUCCAGGUCCUUUGCCGAUGACUUGACCCUUCUUCAGAACAGUGUCGCUUUUACUCUUCAAGAUGUUUGGACGAUCCUAGGAAAGAUACCCAAAAACCCGACGGGAGGAGAUUAUCGGCGAGCUUGGAAGGAUGUCGUGAAAUAUUGUGCCGAGAUGGGAAGGCAGUCUCUUCAUUUGCGACUCGAAACCUAUCAGUUAUUUAUCUACGGUUUGUGUAAAGUUCUAAAAAGACAAGUGUAUAGCCGAAGCCAGAUCGACACUCUACGUCACGAGAUCAACGACCUUCAAUCACUCCAACGUGACAACAGACGCUUAAUCUCUGCUACGGAUGCUUUUGCUAACCUAGCUUUGGUUCCAGCCCAAGCUGCAAUCCUCCACAAACCACGAUCUCAAGAACGCGUGAGGCCACAGAAUCAGCGUCCUAUGUCACCUACAACCUCCAACGACAGCUAUGACUCUCUCAAAUACCAGGUGGCCCCUAGUCCACCUACGGGUUCUCCCACGACCACAUUUUCAACCACAUUUUCAACCACCAGCCAUGCCUCGAGCGUCGAGAAUGAAUCUAGUCACUGGGCUUUUCAUAUCUUCUCCAAUCUACCUUCGACUCCAUUGGAAGAAUCAAACGACAUAUCCCGCUGCGUCAUAAAAGACGGUGCCCGAAUUGGAAGGAGCUGGCCGGAGAGCGAUUUCGAACCGAUACUCAAGUUGAAGUUCCCUGGUGGCCUCCGAACGACUUUCUUUUGGAGAGCUCGAGACUUUCGUUCCAAGAUCACAUGCGAGUGGAUAGAGGGCAAGCGCGGGCAACGAUGGUCUUGCAUGGCCCUCACCGAUUUGCACUUGAGGAGAAGUGGACCAUUUCUCUAUCUGUGCAGACCCACUCCUGAGGCUGCAAACACGGUCUGGGCAUGCCUCAAAUUCACCGCAAUUGAAUGGCUUGUUAUCUAUCAUUGCACCUUCCUAUCACUACGAUCACACGAUAGCAGCAGGCAUGUUGGCAAUGAAACGGACCAUGAUAUCGCGGAGGAAAAGAGCUAUUUUGCAGGUACCAUUCGAGAUAGCGGAUACAAGCACGCUCUACGCCUAUAUCGUGAUCGAAGUACCGAUGCGCUUCGACUGGAAGCUGCCGUUUCAAAAGGCGAUAUGGAAGAUGCGCCCAUCUGGACAGCCUUCAUUACUCAUUGUAUCACUUCUCCAACCUGGUGUCGCUAUCCGCAGAACAGUUCGACUGUAUACCUUGCCGACUUGAGACGCCACGUCUUUUCUUCAGAAUAUACGCCCCACGUUGCAGCAAACGGGGAACAACUUCUCGAUUUUGAGACGAUUGAAGAUGCCGAAGACUUUGUCAGUACCAUCGAAGACUUCGGCGAAGAGUAUCGCAAGGCACCAAAAUAG